CCGCCGCCGCCACGGGACUUGAGAGAGGGCUGAAGCGAAGAGCGUAGACAGGCGGGAAGCACCAGGGGAUCCGGACACGCGGGGAGCCCAGGGAGGCCGUUUUCUAUUCGAUGAAUUAGUUGCGUCGCUCAUCCUGAGUUUCACUGUCUGUUCAGUUGCUCCUUGAGUACUCGUGUUUCUUAGGGCCGGUGCCAGUUUGCUAAACCGGAGGCGUUCGGUUUAAGUUUGGCUUUGGCCGACGAUUACUUUGGUGGGGGUCUAUUACUGGAACAGUUUACCCGUUUAGCGAACGCUGCCCAUUCAGCGAAAGAAACAUUUUUUUUUUCCUUUGAGACGGCCAGAUUUUAAACUUUUAAAUCGUUUCCCUCCCCUUCCAUCCGUCUGCUCCGUCUUUUAUUUAAGUGGCACCGCGACCUCCUUCGAGUCCAGGCGUCCUGAGAGCGGAUUUUUGCCUCAGGUCCAGUUGCGGUUGACUGUCUGGGACUCCCCUGCCUCCACAAUCAGCCUCAUCCACGCGCGGCCCCGUGCCGGUUAGAUCCACGCCGCCUUCGCCUCCACUCCCCUUCUGUCCUAACACAGGAUCCGACUAGCCCUAUCGAGAACAGCUGGAACAUGAUAGCUUCGCAUCUGCUCGCCUACUUCUUCACGGAACUUAACCAUGACCAAGUACAGAAGGUUGAUCAGUAUCUCUAUCACAUGCGACUCUCAGAUGAAACCCUUGAGGAGGUUUCUAAACGGUUCCGAAAGGAGAUGGAGAAAGGGCUUGGAGCUGACACCCACCCCACAGCUUCUGUGAAAAUGCUGCCCACAUUUGUGAGAUCUACGCCUGAUGGAACAGAAGAUGGAGACUUCCUUGCUCUGGACCUUGGAGGAACCAACUUCCGUGUUCUGCGAGUGAGAGUAACAGACAAUGGCCUCCAGAAAGUAGAAAUGGAGAACCAGAUCUAUGCCAUUCCAGAAGCUAUUAUGCGGGGCAGUGGGACCCAGCUGUUUGACCAUAUUGCUGAAUGCCUGGCCAACUUCAUGGACAAGCUACAGAUUAAGAAUAAAAAACUCCCCUUGGGAUUUACCUUCUCAUUCCCAUGCCACCAGACCAAGCUGGAUGAGAGUUUCCUGGUUUCGUGGACUAAAGGAUUCAAAUCCAGUGGUGUGGAAGGGAGAGAUGUGGUAUCCCUGAUCCGGAAAGCCAUCCAAAGGCGUGGGGACUUUGACAUUGAUAUUGUGGCUGUGGUGAAUGACACUGUGGGGACCAUGAUGACCUGUGGCUAUGAUGACCAAAACUGCGAGAUUGGUCUCAUAGUGGGGACUGGCACCAAUGCCUGCUACAUGGAGGAGAUGAGAUACAUUGACACAGUGGAAGGAGAUGAAGGGAGGAUGUGCAUCAACAUGGAAUGGGGUGCCUUUGGAGAUGAUGGAGUACUCAAUGACAUCCGCACAGAGUUUGACAGGGAGAUUGAUAUGGGCUCACUCAAUCCUGGCAAGCAACUAUUUGAGAAGAUGAUCAGUGGCAUGUAUAUGGGGGAACUUGUCAGACUCAUCCUGGUAAAGAUGGCCAAGGAGGAAUUGCUCUUUGGUGGAAAACUGAGUCCUGAACUUCUCACCACGGGCCGCUUUGAGACCAAGGAUGUUUCUGAUAUUGAAGGGGAAAAAGAUGGCAUCAAGAAAGCCCUCGAGGUUCUGACCAGGUUGGGCCUGCAGCCAUCCCAGGAGGACUGUGUGGCCACCCAUCGCAUCUGCCAGAUUGUGUCCACCCGCUCGGCCAACCUGUGUGCGGCCACGCUGGCCGCUGUGCUCCGGCGCAUCAAGGAGAAUAAAGGCGAGGACCGGCUGCGCUCCACCAUUGGAGUCGAUGGCUCCGUCUACAAGAAGCAUCCACAUUUUGCCAAACGUCUUCACAAGGCUGUCCGACGGCUGGUGCCAGAUUGUGACGUUCGCUUUCUCCGCUCAGAAGAUGGCAGUGGCAAGGGGGCUGCCAUGGUGACAGCAGUAGCCUACCGUCUAGCAGACCAACACCGGGCUCGACAGAAGACUCUCGAAGCUCUGAAUCUGAGCCACGAUCAGCUGUUGGAAGUGAAGAAGAGGAUGAAAAGGGAGAUGGAGCUUGGCUUGGGCAAAGAUACACAUGCUGCUGCUUCUGUCAAGAUGCUGCCCACUUAUGUGUGUGCAACACCUGAUGGUACAGAGAAAGGUGAUUUCCUGGCCCUAGAUCUUGGUGGGACGAAUUUCCGUGUGCUGCUGGUGCGUGUGCGGAAUGGGAUGAGACGAGGCGUAGAGAUGCAUAACAAGAUCUACUCCAUUCCUCAGGAGGUCAUGCAUGGCACUGGGGAUGAGCUCUUCGACCACAUUGUCCAGUGCAUCGCAGACUUCCUGGAGUACAUGGGAAUGAAAGGGGUCUCUCUACCCCUGGGAUUCACCUUCUCUUUCCCCUGCCAACAGAACCGCCUCGAUGAGAGCAUUCUCUUGAAGUGGACAAAAGGCUUCAAAGCAACUGGCUGUGAGGGAGAAGAUGUGGUCGGCCUACUAAAGGAAGCUAUUCAUCGGCGAGAGGAAUUUGAUCUGGAUGUUGUUGCUGUCGUGAAUGAUACUGUGGGAACCAUGAUGACAUGUGGCUAUGAAGACCCUCAGUGUGAAGUAGGACUCAUAGUUGGUACUGGUACUAAUGCCUGUUACAUGGAGGAGAUGCAGAACAUAGAGCUGGUGGAAGGAGAUGAAGGGCGGAUGUGUGUCAACAUGGAGUGGGGUGCUUUUGGGGAUAAUGGCAGCCUGGAUGAGUUCCAAACUGAGUUUGACUUGGCUGUAGAUGAACUUUCACUCAACCCAGGAAAACAGAGGUUUGAGAAGAUGAUCAGCGGCAUGUACCUGGGAGAGAUUGUCCGUAACAUCCUUAUCAACUUCACCAAACGAGGGCUGCUCUUCCGUGGACGGAUCUCAGAACGACUGAAGACAAGGGGGAUAUUUGAAACCAAAUUUUUGUCUCAGAUUGAGAGUGAUUGCCUGGCCUUGCUUCAAGUCCGUACCAUCCUGCGGCACCUGGGACUAGAGAGCACUUGUGAUGACAGUAUCAUCGUCAAAGAGGUCUGCACUGUCGUAGCGAGAAGGGCAGCGCAGCUUUGUGGCGCGGGCAUGGCGGCCGUGGUGGACAAAAUUCGGGAGAACCGCCAGCUGGACACCCUCAAAAUCACCGUGGGAGUUGACGGGACUCUGUACAAGCUGCAUCCUCACUUUGCAAAAGUCAUGCAUGCGACAGUGAAGGAACUGGCUCCCAAAUGUGAUGUCUCCUUCCUGGAGUCUGAGGACGGCAGUGGGAAGGGCGCUGCUCUCAUCACUGCUGUGGCCUGCAGGAUCCGAGACGCGGGACAGCGGUAGGGAGACGGCUGAGCCCAGGGAAGAAGUGUCGGGACCUUUCUUGGCCACCUCCUUUUUCCUUUUUUUUUUUUUUUUUAAAGAAAAAAAUCUUUGGUAAAUUGUAAGCGAACUUGCACCAUGCUGAAUCUCCAUCCCCUUGUGUCACCGACAGACUCCUAGGCCAUCAUGGUUCUGAGUUCUGUCCCGAGUGUUCUGUUCUAGAAUUCUGUUGAGUGCCCAGAACCUGUACCUCCCCAGGCUAAGCCAGGUGGCUUGUGGAUAAAAUUCACAAGUUCUGACAGUUUUCUAUCCUCAACAGCCAGUAACCCAUUAGUCUGCUAACCUCUUCAUGAUACUGAAUAAGAUUACUACCAGUGACCCUUGAGAGCGCCAGAAUUCCUCUCCAGUCUGCAUGCAGUGCAUGUCUUUAGGAUUUUUACACUUGUAUGUUUGAUAGUUUUAGUGGUUGCUGUUAGCCUCUACAGCUUAGAAGUAGCCAAAAAACUAGGGAAUGUUGGAUGCCUACCUCAGCCCCAGGCCUAAGGCGGGAGACAUUGCUAUGGCCUGGAGGGCAGCAGAGCCUUGACAAGAUCCUGGGCAUCUCCAGAAAAAUGAAGAGGAGGACUGGCUUCAAAUCAGAGGGACCUGGAAGCCCAGCCACGGGAAUGGGGAGGUGGCUGCCUCUUCUGUUCUGCACAUUCAGCCGCCCGCAAGCCAUGAGCCUGUUUGCUGGCUUCCUUUCCCCUUUCUCUAGAAGUGAAAAUACUGUUAUCUUCCAAGUAUGUUUAUAGAACAAAGGUUAUUUAAUCUGUGAAGUCAGUCUGCACCUUCAUCCUGAUACUGUAGGUAAUUUGUGAAAUGUAUGUUUUGUAUUUAUAUAGUUUCUUUUAUGUACAUAGUCACAAAAACUGGUCAGACUGUCCAUGGAAAUAAAAUUUUUUAGCUCAAA